AUGUCUAAGUUCUUCAUCCCACCUAAGGAAAUCUCAUUCCGUCUCAAAAACAAGAAGACGGAGAAGGUUCUUUUCUCCCAAGAGAAGAGCCCAGGCUUUGGCCAUUUCAGCGGCGAUACCUUUGCUGACCAAUGGUGGUAUCUUGUACCCGGAGACGGAGAUUACAAAGGACAGUAUCUGGUGAAGAGCAAGUUCACCGAAAACGUUCUGUUCUCCAGAACAGCGAAGAGUCCCAGAGUCGAUCAUCAUGAUGGCAAUGGCAAGUGGGCAGAUCAGUGGUUCAAACUAGAGCCGGGCACGGGAGAUCGCCAGAAUUGGUUCCGGCUUAUGAAUCCUUACAGCAACACAGUUGUGGUUUCCGUCGAUGGAGUCACCAAUGCGAAAGCCGAUGCUGCCACCGACGAUAGCCAGUACUGGUCUUUCGAAUUCGAAGACAUGGAAUUUGUUGGCCUGGACUACGAUAUCAACCAACAGGAGGUUUUGUCUAGCACACCUGCUGUCGUUGGUUCGAAUUCCCAAUCGAAAAGUACUGAUAGCGUUCAAACAAUCACGUUCACACUUACCGAGACUAUGACCACUACUAGCACCUUUGAGCAUUCAUAUGGUAUAACGAUCACGGGCACUGUAAGCGCCACGUUUGGCUGGCCAAGCGUCAUUGAGGGUAAAGUCGAAAUCUCCGUCGCUCAAACCAAGGAUUUCAAGUGGGGCAAACAGAACACGGAAACCAAAACUGCCACUCUCGAGAUAGCAGCGACGGCCAAACCAUUUUCCAAGGUCACUGCCAUAGCUACAGCAACCAAGUCUGACAUUGAAGUUCCAUUUACCAUAACUUGGAAGUCCAAAAAGACCGGUUACCAAGUCAAGUCGAAGGGCGUGUACAAAGGCACGAGCUACUGGAACGCUAACACCAAGCUCACGCAGAGCCAGGAUGUUGAAAACAGAGAACUAGACCUGGAUGAUGGGUCGGAAGGAUGGGAAGAGGCUGAAGUGAUUUCGCGCACCGAGACUACGGCUACAAACGGGGAAUGCAGUCUGGACGACGAAAAACCUGAGGGCGAGAAGAAGGAUUUCGUGAGGGAUGCCCAGGAAGACGAGUACGAACAUGAGCACGCGGCGUAUGGCGCAGAGGGAAGGUAUGCGCAGGAAGAGCCCGAGCACGAGGAUUAUGAGCAGGAAACCGAAGAACAGGAAACCUGGGCGUACGACACAAAGCGCAGCCAGUACGAAGAAGACAGAGACGGCGACACACGGGUUCAACGAUACGGGGAAGACGAUGACACUACGCGAAACGACGGCUAUCGACAGGAUGAUCAGUAUAAUGGAGAGCCAGGGCAAGAGAAGAACGACGCGAACGCACCAGAAGAUUUCGCAUAUAACGGGCGGUCUUUCGACAACGAGAGAUCUUCUUACAAUGGGCAACCUUACAAGGAGCGGUCUUCUUACAACGACCAGAGCUCCUACAACGACCAGAGCUCCUACAACGACCAGGACUCAUACAACGAUCAGAGCUUGUACAACGAAAAAGCGGCAGAAGAGUCCGAAGACGCCGAACCAGGUGAGAAUGCGUAUGAGCAUGCGCGAUACCAGUCAACCCAGAAGUAUAAAGUUUUUUGGGCAGAAGAGCGGGAUCUCAGUGGCUAUCGUGAAAGGCAGGAUGAGCAGGAGAAUGGGACGGAUACAUACGGCGAGACGCGAGGAGCCUCACAAGAGUAUGGAAGGUUCGACGAAGAUGGACGCAGAGAGUUCGAGCAUCCCACGCGUGAAGAUGGAUACCCCGAGACAAACUCACGUUCGAACUGGUAA